GUCUUCCACUGCCAUUUCAACAGCAACUUCUUCCCACUCUUCCUGGAGCAUCUGCUGGCGGACCACAUCGCGCCGUCCACGGGCUCCAUCCUGCUGGGCAUCUCCUACGUGGCUCCGCACCUCAACAACCUCUGCUUCCUGCCGCUGUGCCAGCGCUGGGGCGUCUAUGCCGUGGUGCGCGGCCUCUUCCUGCUCAAGCUGGGCCUCAGCCUCCUGGUGCUGCUGGCCGGCCCGGACCGCCCGGCGCUGCUCUGCCUCUUCGUCGCCAGCAACCGAGUCUUCACGGAGGGCACCUGCAAGCUGCUGACCCUGGUGGUCACCGAUCUGGUGGACGAGGACCUGGUGCUGAACCGCCGCCCGCAGGCAGCCUCCGCGCUGCUCUUCGGCAUGGUGGCCCUGGUGACCAAGCCAGGGCAGACCUUCGCCCCGCUGCUGGGCACCUGGCUGCUCUGCUUCUACACAGGUCACGACCUCUUCCAGCAUCCCCCCUUGCCGCCUGUGGGGAGCGCCCGGCCCUGGCCCGAGCCCCCGGCCCCGGCCCCUGCGCAGGCCCCGGCCCUCCGCCAGGGCUGCUUCUACCUGCUGGUGCUGGUGCCCCUCUCGUGCGCCGUGCUGCAGCUUUGCGCCUGGUCCCAGUUCACGCUGCACGGGGUCCGCCUGCACAUAGUCCAGGCCCAGCGCCAGAACCUGUCCCGGGCCCAGUCCCUGGGCAUCAAGACGGUGUGAGGCACAGCCAGGCUGCCUGCUGAGGACGCGGCCUGCCCCCUUGGUGCGGCCUGGAGGGCGCAUGGUGGCCGGGGGCCCCUGGGCCAAGCCAGCGUCCCUGAGGCCGGAGUCCCUCCCUGCCUGGCUGCCUGGCCGGCCUGGACAGGGCUGGGCCGCAUGUGCUCAGGGACCUGCUCCCUUGGGGGGCAGGAGGAAAGGGGACUGGACAGGAUGGGGCCGCUGCUCUGGCGGCAAGGAGCUACUGGGACACCGCGACGGCCCCCUCUGUGCGGCCACCCUCUCCACCCCUCCUUUAGUGGCUUCUGAGGGUCCCCGCUGUGCUGAAGGGCCGGGGACCCCCACCAGCUUCUGAGGUGUCCACCUUGGGACAGGCGACAGCCUGCCCCCACUCGGCUGGUGCUGUUGGGGCCUGGACUCCUGGCUGGAAAAGCGGCCGGGGGGUUUUCCUAAGCCUCAGGCUCUGAGGUGCACAGAGGGCUCGAUGCACGGGCACUGGGGACACGGCUGUCGGGCCUGAGCCAGCAGCACCGGGCACUGCCCGUGUCACUGCUGGACAUGGCAGUCAAAGAAGAGCCUCUUCCAGGUCAGGUUCUUGACCUCAGAACUGCCCGGGAGCUUCAGGAAAGGCAACGUGAGUUCUGCUUUGCGACACCGACUCGCCGGGUCUGAGGUGCGGCCCCGGCCUUGGCAUGCUGAAUGCCUCUGCAGGGGCUCACCAGGCGGCCGGGCUGAAACCACUGCGCUAGGCCGGCAGGCACAGCCUUGGCACUGGAGACAUGGGGGCGCCGGUUGCCCAGCAGGAUCUGACCUCCCCUCCCGGAUGUCAGGGGAACCUCCCUGCGACGAGCAAGCCCAUUUCCAGACGCUGCCAAUGUAUCCUGGGAGGCAAACCUGCCCCGACGGGGAAGCACCGCUCCGGGAAGGGCUUUGAGUCAGCCUCGCGGUACGGGUGUGGACACUCAGCCCCACUGCCCCGGCCUGUCCCGGCUCACGAAGGAAGGGCUGCGGAGACGGCCUGGCCUUCCCGUGGCUCCACACCCUUGUCUGUGAAACGUGCAAUAAAAACAUCUGCGCUUUC